CGGCACUCAGCGCUCGCAGAGUCUUAAUCGUGGACACUCGCUCUCGCGCUCCGAUGGCACCUGGUGACAUCACGGGACCACGGGCAGCGUAGUAACGUGCGCCGAGUGCGGCCAGCGCACGAUGGGUAACAAACUAUCAUCGUGUUCGUGCGCGCCCAUCCUCCGCAAGGCGUACCGCUACGAAGACAGCCCGUGGCAGAACUCCCGCCGACGAGAUGGACAUCUAUUACGACUAUGGGCCGAAGUAUUUCACGUAUCAGCAAGCGGCGCCGGCACCGUAAAAUGGCAGCAGGUUUCCGAGGACUUGGUGCCAGUGAACAUCACCUGCAUACAAGAUUCGCCCGAGUGCGUGUUUCACAUCACUGCUUACAAUUCGCAAGUCGACAAAAUUCUCGACGUCAGACUACUGCAACCUGGCACUCGCAUCGGCCAGGCUUCAGAAUGCUUCGUCUACUGGAAAGAUCCAAUGACCAACGACACAUGGGGUCUUAACUUCACUUCUCCCAUCGACGCUAAACAAUUCAGAGAAUGUUGCUCACCGUCAUUCAAAUUCUCACGUAAGGCUUCAUCGAGCUACAGCCUCAAGUUGGAGCCACCGGGCAGUAAACAGAAAUUCAAAACCAAGAGGAAACCAGUAUCUACACCGGCCAGUCCAAAUCGAUCAAGUCUAACCUACGGCCGCGAACCACAAUGCACCUGCAUGACUCAAGAACAGUAUGCCAGGUUAAGGGCCCAAGAUCCACGAUACCGCUCGUCUACUCUGCCGCGUACAACUACACGUGCCAUUGAAACAGAUGCGGGAGCGAGUGCCGCCGGCCGCUCCGACAAGGUUGCAGCCGCAACCUCUUCUACCUCGCUCUAUGACAACGUCACCAGCUCUCAACCCGCCAAUCAAGCGCCACCUAAACCGGCUGCUCGGCAAACUGAUACUCAGCCACCUACACGUCCUCCAAAAUCACAGGAGACCUCGACCAUGACGACUAACACCUCAACUGCUCCAAAGACCGUUACUGCUUCUGUAGGCACACAUGGCACAAAUACCAACGAAGAAUCUCAAACAAACAAUGGCCAGACAACUCAGCAUGGUCAAGAUCUUAAAUCAGAAGGCGUUCAAGCAGGAGGCACACUGACUUCUUCUAAGUCUUCUGGUACCUCCACACGCUCCAAAGAUCAUCUGCAACACAUGCCUAAGAGCGUCGAUUACGGCGAUGGAAACGAGUCUUCUCGAGAACAAGACCGGCAUAGAGAACAUACUAUGCACAACCACAACGUUAUCAAUAACAAUACGUCCGGAUCGCGACGUACAAAGUCUAAGAGCACAGAGGAUAUGAAUAUGGAUUCGAGCACACUGAAACGAAUGCUGAAGCCAAUGCCGUCAACGGAAAGCCCAGUGACCUCGCCGGAGAUGGGCCGCCGUCGAUACGGCGGUGCCGGACCGUGCCCACCGACAUGUGGGUCUCAUGGCCAUCGUCACCCACAGCACAUGCACCAUGGACACUACGCUCACGUCGUCAACAACAAUAGCCGACAGGGCUCACAACGGUAUUCUUCGGCUAGCCGAGGCGUGGGCGUGGGCGCAGCCCCGAGCGGCUACCCGGGCCGUGGCCUUUACCUGGAGCUGGGUGGCGGCGAGCGUGACCUGUCGCCGCCGUCUGAUAACGUCAUGUUCGAUAACCAGUGCUACGCGACGACGCCUUCGUCUUCCAAUGGGAACUCCGACCAGGAGCCGUGCCAGCGCCGCGACCGAGACCCUAGGCAACAUCACCACGGACAAAAGCCGUGCCUGUCGCGCCAGGCGUCGCAGUCCAGCGCGACGCCGGCCCCCGGGUCGCCGACAUCGCGGCUGCUGCUCGAGUAUGAGAUGCACCUCCGCAAUACGCUCGCCAAGGGUAUGGACGCCGAGAGUUAUAGCCUACAUACAUUCGAAGCUCUCUUGAGCCAGAGUAUGGAGGAUUUGGAAUACAGCGACAAUAUGCCGCCUUCGAAUCAGCGAAGUCCGUACCCACCACGUCGACGCCCCGCGUCGCAGUGCUCGGGUGCGGGCAGCCGCUCGUCCACGCUGCCACUGCCGCACCGCCUCGCCGAGCGCCCGCACCCCUCCCGCGCCGAUCGCGACGGAUACUACAGUGAUCGCAACGAGCUGAUGCGGGAGCGCGAGAGAGACCGCGAGCGCGAGCGCGGCUAUCUCAGCGACCACAAUACGAGGGAUCGUAUACGAGAUCGAGAUCAAGGAUAUCUAAGUGACCAUCAGUCAAGUUUCGUAAGCGCGUCUCGUUGCGCAUCAUGUAUCGGAGAGUCGGCGCGCUCCGCUUGGUAUCGCCACUCUGACGGCUGGCGCGGCGCCCCGCCGCCUGGGCCUCGUCGCUCACCGUGGGACUCCUUACCCAGUCUCCGACAUGAAGGAAGCCUCAACGAUUCCGGUUAUAGAAGCAAUAGAGCUGAUAGCUUUGAGCAGCGAGGAGUUUUCGAUCGACAAGACAGUGUGCGGUCGGAGUAUGCGAGCGAUCGCGAGUCAUCCCGUUAUGGCAUCGUGCAGCAAGCCUCUAUCGACAGCACCGACUCCAGGAUUUGUUACCUGACUUCUAGUGAGAUAUCGGAUGAUGACCGCAUGUCGCUGACCACAGCCGUAUCUGAUGAAGAGGAACCCGGUGAGAGCGCAAUGAACUCUCCAUACAAAGGCAAACAGACAGGCGCCGCUGCCGCUUCUUUCAAUUGUACUGGUGCUGUCAGGAAGGCUGGAUUUUUAAGCGUGAAAAAGUGGUUGCUACGCAAGAAACACCAAAUUGAGCUUGCUCGUAAGCGAGGAUGGAAGGGCUACUGGGUCUGCCUAAAGGGCACAACUUUACUUUUUUACCCUUGCGACUCUCGUGAAGGCCGUUCUGUGGAAGCGGCACCAAAACAUCUCAUUAUUGUCGACGGAGCCAUCAUGCAACCUAUACCUGAACAUCCCAAACGUGAUUACAUAUUCUGUUUGAGUACGGCUUUUGGUGAUGCAUAUCUAUUUCAAGCGCCGUGUCAGAUUGAGCUCGAAAACUGGGUGAACAGUAUACAUAGUGCAUGUGCUGCGGCAUUUGCUCGGCAUCGCGGCAAAACGGGAACGCUUCACCUACUUCAAGAAGAAAUUUACCGUCUAGAGAAAGCGAUUGAAUCCGAUCACAAGUUGAAACAUAUGGCAGAUCUGCAACAAUCUGUUGUAUCGGAUCCGGAAACGAGAGCGCAGUUGGCAGUACAAAUGCUGCAAUGGGAAGAAAAUCUGGAAAGACUACACUGCGAACAAUUCCGACUUCGAUGCUACAUGGCCAGCCUGCAGAGCGGCGAGUUACCUAAUCCUAAGUCAUUGCUGACACACGUGUCGCGUGGCACCAAAAGCACACUGAACAAGCUGGGCGUGUUCACCGUGUCAUCAUUCCACGCGUUCAUCUGCGCGCGCUCCCCUUCGCUGCUGAACAACUUGCUCGCUGGUCGUGGCGCGACCAAGCGCAGGGCUCCUAACCUGUCACGAUCGAACUCUGGCUCCAGUCGACGUUCCAUGCAGAUGUCGCGUGAAGAAGGCGAAGCCGCCGUGAGGGUUUCAUUACCCGAAGGUACCACUGCAACUGUGGGCGUACGCGAAGGGAUGUCGGUCGAGGAGUUCCUUGCGGCUGCCUGCGCCCGGCGCUCGCUCAACCCGCUCGAGCACUUCGUGAGGGUCAAGAAACGGCGUGACAUGGAAGACCACAACUACUUCGUGCCGCACAGAAGUGAUCUCAUUGAGACUUAUCUCCACACUCAUGAAGUGGUUGAAGUGUGCGCCAAAAUCCUGUAUCAAGUGGAGUUGCAACGCACUACACUUGAGCAGAUGUGGGGCUUUAGUGUGGAGGCCGAGCUCAUCGAGAACGCAGAGCGCCAGGACGAACUCUGCUGCUACGUCAGCCGCGUCGAGGACAAGAGCGUCGCCAUGCAGAAUGGUAUAAUCAAAGGCGACGAAAUAAUGGUAAUUAAUGGAGCGAUCGUAUCUGACCUAGAUAUGAUGUAUUUGGAGAGCGUGCUACAAGAGGAACUCUCGCUGGUUAUGAUGAUGAGGUCGUCGCGGACGGAGCCGCCGGAGCUGAGCGGCGUGAUGCGCGCGGCCACGGACGAUAUAAUCGAUUCGUUGGUGUGCCCGCCACCGCCCAGCGAACCGCCCGUCAUCUCCGACGACAUGAUAUCCGGCCUCAUCGUGCCGGCGCCCGCUUGGAGUAAAGAACUGUACAGCCCAGAAGCGGAAACACACGGCGACGCGACGACCACGGGCCCGCCUAAAGUUAGCUCUCGGACUAACUCCUUCGAGAUCGAGAACCUCCUCAAGAAGUGUGGGCGUGUGCGUGUGCGGCAGAGUGCGGAGCAGGUGACGGGCUGGUGCAGGUCGCCGGCUGACACACGCCGUGGCAGCCCCACCGGCAGCCUGACCAGCGCAGCCGUCACACCAUCGCGACAUCUCUCCGACGCGGACAAGCUGCGUAAGGUCCUCAUGGAGCUCGUCGACACCGAGCGCGCUUACGUCAAGCAUCUGAAUAACUUGUUGGAGAAUUACUUGGAACCGCUGAAAAAGGAAACUUUUUUAUCGAACGCCGAAAUCAACGCUUUGUUCGGAAAUAUUCAGGAGAUAGUAACUUUCCAAAGACAAUUCCUGCUAAACUUAGAAGAAGCGCUGGAGGCUGAACUCAAUUUUAACCAUUUCGAAUUCUCUAAUCAAUUCAAGAACGUUCUCUUCGCAGUGGGAAAUGCUUUUCUAUAUUACGUCAACCAUUUCAAAUUAUACAGUUCUUUCUGCGCCAGUCACAGUAAGGCACAGAAAGUUUUACAUCCGAACGAAGGUAACCAAGCGUUACAAGAAUUCUUGGCAGCCCGCAAUCCAAAACAACAACAUUCUUCUACUUUAGAAUCGUACUUAAUUAAACCUAUUCAAAGAAUCCUCAAAUAUCCAUUACUUCUGCAACAGUUGCGAAAUUUGACUGACGUGAAUUCGGAAGAACAUCUUCAUUUAGUGGAAGCCUUAAAGGGAAUGGAAAAAGUUGCAGAGCAUAUAAAUGAAAUGCAACGUAUACACGAAGAAUACGGUGCUAUAUUCGAUCAUUUGUUUAGACAACACCAGAAGUCUUGCAAGCAACCAAUUGACCUGAGCCCUGGUGAUUUAUUGUACUAUGGAGGCGUAGAAUGGUUGAAUAUAUCAGACUUUUUAGGUAAAAUAAAGAAGGGACUAGAAUUGCACGCUAUGUGUUUUGUUUUUAAAUCAGCCGUUGUCUUCCUAUGCAAAGAAAGACUGAGACAGAAAAAGAAGUUAAUGGGGGUUUCCUCCAAAAAUAAUUCUAACGAGGUAGAAAUAAUUCGUUACCAAGUUUUGAUACCGGUAACGGAAGUACAAGUACGAGCCUCUUCAGCUAAGGAUAUGGACAGCCACUUCCUGUGGGAACUUAUCCACUUACGCAGUCAGCUCCAGCGACGAUCCGAAAAAGUUUACGUUUUAUCGAACAGCACUGCGGACUUCCGCAACGCGUUCCUCAAGACAAUUCGGCAGAUCAUCCGCGAGUCGGUCCGCAACAUGUCGCUGCCGAGCGCGCGGCCCGCGCCCGCACCGCCGCGCGCGCCGCACGCGCACCACGCGCACCACACGCUCGACCGACCCAAGCACCAGGUGCAGGUCAUGCAAGGUUCUCAAACACUUGGAAAAACGAAGAAACCCAAAACUACUGGACAACGCCUCUCUGCUGGCAAUAUCGAGGUCGGUGAUUUGUCUAGAGAGAACUCACAGGAAGCUGAAGAACCACCGCAAAUGUCUGAGGUAUCAUCAGAUGAAACUACAUUUAGACAGAGAAGCAAGACGCUUGGCGAUACAGCAGCAGAUAUGAGCAAGCGGUCGGCGCCGAGUGCUUCGAGCUCGAGCGGAGCGGGCGCGGGUGCCGAGGGCUCCAAGUCCGAAGGCGAGGACGAACCGCCGCCGCCGCCCGCCAAGCGAGGGUUAGGCCGCACUCCCAACCACCUCACCCUCAGCACGACAUCGACGUUAAGCGCUGGAAGUACGGGAAGCCAGGCCAGACUUAUCCAAUCUUCGCAUCAACCUACCCAGUACCAACCUACCAUGGUCAGAGAGCUAGGGUCGCCCGUGUGGAAACCGCGCGACGUGGCGAGCGAGGCGGCCGCGGCCCCCGCGCCCGCGCCGCUCCCCGCGCCCGCGCCCACCACGCUGCCGCGCUCGCAGCGCCCCGCGCCCCGCGCACCGCACCUCUCCGCCAGCCGCAAGUCGCUCGCGCCGGACCACCGCCACUAAACCGCCACUCGAAACGAACCUUACCCUCUGCUUCCGAUUCGGUUCGACCAUUUCUUCGAGCAACCUACCUAUAUCACGCAUGACACCUUCGGUCACUAAGUAUCCUAUUCACGGAUCGGAUCGGAACGGACUAAAUAUUUUAGUACCCCACAUUUCAAAAUUUGGAUGGGCGUAUGAGUUUAGUACCAUUGAAAAUAUCCUAUCAAUUCCGAACGUGAGAGUGAAUAUAAAUCAAAAUGAUCCUUUCCUUUCAAAUUACAUUAUUUUAUAUAUCCCUUUAAUUAAUGGCAUUUUAUAAAAAAAUAUUUAUCAACAACGAAUGAAUGAUAUAUUAACAAUUAUCGGCGAUUGAUAUGAUAUUGAUUAAUAUCAAUAAAAACUUUCUAUAAUUUUCAAUAAAAAUAAAUGAAAUGAGUCUUAUGAAGAAAAUAGAGAGUUUUUAAAUGUUUCAAAGGUACUUGACGCUCCAACCUUAUCGAGUCUACGCCGCCACUAUAAUACUCCUCAGACUUGGAUCGUCUCCUUGUUCUAUAACUUCCAUCUUAUGCUUCCAAUUAUGAAAUUAAAUGAUCUCAUAUUUAAUUGCUUGAAAUUGCUAUUUAUAAUUUAUUAUCAACUUGCAAAUAUUAACUAUCAUUGCGUUUUUUAGUAAACUUAGAAAUUUGUCGUAACUUCUAAACAGACCUUGAUAACUGUAAGGAUUUAAAAAGCUGCAUUUAAAAUAAACAUCUAAAUAUUAUAAACAAUAAAAUAAGGCUCAUAAGCCAGAUACUUGCAGAGCGUUUUAAAUCAUUACUGAACUUUUAUUUCUGAUGAUAAUCGAUACAUCGAUUACAUAUCGAUGUUUCCAUGGAUUUGAAAUAUGACAGCUAUAUAUUGCACAAUUUAUAUGUUAAGCAAUGACAUAUAAGAUUAUUUCAUUUUUACAGUAUCUAAAUAAAAGACUACGAAACUAAAGUAACUAAACUAAUGAAAAGUGUAUUAAUUUAGAAACGAAUGAAAAUAUAUAUAUUAUGGAAGGAAUUAAAUAUGAAAUAUAUACAGCUAAUCGAUAAGAAAAAUAAUCAUUAAACUCGAACUACAUUUAAACUAUUCAAUUUAAUUCGGAUAUUUUCAAAUAUAACCACGGAAAUAUAGUAAUUGAUUGCACAUUAUAUAGAAAAGAAAAACAGCAAGUAAUUGAAAAAAAUAUUUAUUAAAAUUGUUUAUUUACAAACGUUUGUCGUCUUAUUUACAAUAUUAAAGACUUAAUUAUAUUUAUAUUGGCGUCGUGCACCUCCGUUACUAUAUCUCUGGACACGGCAAUGACGAGUGGUCGGUAGAGUCAGAUGGUAGAGUCAUGAUUGUAGAAAUUUUGUAAAAAGUAACACUCAGUUUGUUUAUUAAACUUGCAAACUAAUAUUUUAGAUAUAAUGCGUAUAUUCAAGAGAAUAAUGUUUUUAGUACCAGUAGAAAAUUUUCAACGGCAAUUGCUUAAAGCUCAAAGAUUUUACUUAUUUAUAUGUUCUCCGUAAAAUUAACAUAAUUUGUUUUAUGCUCAAAGACUUUAUAUUGUUUCCAAUAUAAGACUGUGUGCGUCUCGUCUGUGGUAUGAAGACAUUGAAUAACUAUAGAAACCUUCAAUUAAAUCAAAUCUGUUGAGAAGUAUCCACAUAGAUAUGUAUAUACCGUUGCCUAUAUAAGGUUACUUACCCCAAAUAAUAUCCCUCAUUGAUAUUGUGAAUGUGCUACAUCGCACACCUCCCUAGAAAUUACCGUUUAUUAAAAUAUAACGAAAAUAGUCUCAGAUAGGCGUUAAGUUUUAUUUAUUCAUGUUAGGUCUAACGAGAAUCUCUUUAAGUCAGUAAGUCAAGCCCGUAAAUAUAAAAUGACAAUAUCAACAGAUUUAUUUACCUUCCAUUACAAUGUCGGUUUCAUAUUUUAUAAAAAUAAUAUUAAAUUAAAUUUUAUUAUUUAAAAGCGUAGGUCUAUAUAUUGUUUACUCAAAACCACAUCUACUAAACUAAUUCAUAGCUAAAUAGACGCCAAUUAUUGUAAUAUAUUAAUUUAGUAUAUUUGUAUAUUCAUUUCGGAAGGUAUGUGUUUACAUUUAUUACUAAUUAUUUGUCUCUGUUAUAGAUACUACGCUUUUAAAUAUAUAAAUAAUGUCAUACAAUUGACUUAGUUUAAUAAAAACGUAUUUGCCAAAAAUGAAAUUUCUAAUAUGUAUUCUGUGCCAAACUGGGUUAUUCCACAUACCCAUAUCCAUGCUUUUUAUACUCACUGUUAACAUAGUACGGAGUAAAUAUAUCGUGAAAGUAGUUAGCUGUAAUCUAUUUGCGUUUCAUUUGCUCACAUUGGCAACGCAAUCACUUAACUACCCUAUAGUUGAAUAUGCACAUUACCUUAUGGAAAAAGUACACUAGGUAGUUUUGAUAAUAAUUUCUCUUCGUGAUCAAAUUCGAAAUUUCUAUCAUAGGUUAGGCGAAUUAUAUAACAUAUAUCCAUGUCUCGGUUUGUAUUAUUUACCCGUUGAGAAAUAAUUAAAAACACAUUUCUUUAACGUACAGAUAUUGAAUUAUAGAUAUGUUAUUCAAAACCACCAUAUAACUCGAAACUGAACUGCUUUUACAAUAUACGCAGUAUUUUAUAUUUUAGUAUCGUUUUUAUGAAGACAGAUACACAAUAUUUACCUCCUUGCCUUGUGUUAUAAUGUUAAUUUUGUAUACUUUUUUUGACUUGGUCUUGGACUUUGGUCGUUCUUAUUGAAAUUUUAUAUUGAUUUGAUAUAUGAGUAUAUUGUUUAUAAUUGAAGAUGUUUAAUAAUUAUAAGUUGGGACAUAUCACCGACGCCGGCGAGUUCAGUUACUAUGCUAUAUUGUGGUUUUAAUAAUAUUAUAUUAAAUGUUUUACGGUAAUU